AUGAAACUUCUCAUAUCUCUUCUCUCUUGCUUUCUUUCAAGUUAUGCAGUUGUAGUUAUCCACGAAGGAGGUUCAUGUGGAACCAAUUCGGUUCCUUAUAAAAUGGUUGUAGAUGCUGAAGGAAAACCAGGUAACCCUAUUAAUUCAUAUAAAAUUAUUUUUAAACAAUUAGAGUGAAGCAUGUUUAGUUUUGACUUUAAACCACAUUGAGAACAAAUUUUUCGCAAGAAUCAGGAAACCUUUUUCUCUGGACUCCCAAAACUUUAUUCGAAACUCUGAAAAUUAUUCCAGAGAUUCUUUGUGAUGCGCCAACUUGCUUGGGUGUAGAUUAUUCCGCCAAUGGACAACGUGAUCGAAAAGAGAAACUUUUGUCUGUCGUAAGUUUUUGUUGGUUUUUGAACUUUUCGGACAUUCGUAAUCCCCUUCCGUUCCGUUUUUAACUAGUUUCAUCCAUCUGUAUGUCGAAAAAAGUGCUUGCAAUUAAUAUGACAAUUAAUGUAUAUAGUUUGACCAACGGUUAUAUUUCAUUUGUCAUAUGCAUAAUUGACGAUUUUUCAGAGUUGUGAUCCAUUCAAAGAAGUUGUCUGUGUAGAUGAAUUGCAAUGGACAGGUGGAUUAUUAGAAGUCAAUAACGGAACUCAUCGUACACUCAAAACCGAAUGCUGUUCAUAUGAUGGAAUGUCAAAUGCUCAAACAAUCAAAAGUAUUUUCCUUGGACCCGGUGAUGUUUAUGAAGGUGGAAUGGUUGAAAAAGAGGGUGAAGCUGGAGGAUUUGAUUUGAUCAAGGAAAUCAGAAAAACUGUUAACGCUGAAAAUCAGUAUGUUUUUCUCUUCCUUUCUUCUUCUGCAAACUUCUAUCAUAAUAUAUUUGUUUUUAGAGUGCAAUACAUCGUCGCAGUUUACCGUUUGCCUUGUAAUCUUAUUCCUGAUUCUGCUGAAGCCCUUCCUGUUGUUUCUCGAAACCGCAGACGACUCCGUGAUCGUCUUGGAAAUUUUGAUGAUGCUUACAGAAGUUAUGCAGUUAAUUAUGGGCGUAGACCAUUCACUGCUAGACGCAGGGCAAUGUUGAAACGUAUGGAAGAUUAUUAUGAUUAUGAUUAUGAGCCAUCACAAUUCAGAAGACCUUUGAGAAGGUAUUUUUUUAUUUUUCUAUGUAUCUCACGCUUCCAUUUCAAAAAUAUUUUCAGAAGUCGUUUGCCUUACGCGGAAAACAGUUUAUGGCCAGUGCAGUACAACAGCAAACCAAAAGCAUUCAGUGAUAGCACAUAUCAAGAAAACACAGCACCUCUCACAACAAUCACCGAUGGCAGCGCCUCUGCAGGAAAUUCUUAUGCUGAAACAGCAUCUGUUGAAGUGGGACCAGUUCCACCAGCUACACAAUAUCUUGAAUCUCAAAACGUUGCGCCAGUCAACACUUAUCAAACUCAACCUGUGCCACCACCUGUUGACACCUAUCAAACUCCUUUAGCUCAACCAAGUUAUAACAGUUAUCCGGCGUAUAACGCAUAUCCAACAGCUAAUCAAUAUUCUGGUUAUCCAGCUCAACAAUAUUCAGCGGUUGCUCAGCCAGCGGCUCAAUCUUCGUAUUCUUAUCAAUCGCCAUAUCAAUAUAGUUAUGCGCAACCAAAUUUGAAUUCUGUGUUUGCCAGAACUCCAUUCCAAUGUUUUUCAGGAGAUAUGGAGGUAUUUACGAAUUUUUGAAUUUCUCAUUUUGUAACUGUGUUAUUUAGGUCCAAACGGAAGAUGGUACCAAAUUAAUGAGAGAUUUGAAAGUCGGUGAUAAAGUUUUGAGUCUCGAUGGAAAUAUGUUGACAUACUUGCCUAUUGUGAUGUUCUUGCAUAAACGACACGACGAAGAAGCUGAAUUUAAUGUGAUUGAAACUGAAUUUGGACAUUCGAUCAAACUCACUGAUAAUCAUUUGAUUUAUAUUUCAAACUGUGCUGGCAGUAAUAAUUUGAGACUUGCUGCCGCCAAAGAUGUUACUGUUGAUGAUUGUGUUCACGUUAUGAAUGACAAAGAAGUUUUGGUGAAAAGAAGAGUUCACAAAAUUACUCGAGUUUUUGGAACUGGAAUUUAUUCCCCACUCACUACAACUGGAGAUAUUGUUGUGAAUCGAGUGUUAUCAUCAUGUCACUCGAAUCUUGCUGUCAAAGCUCUUCAACAAACAUUCUUCUCGGUUUAUAAAACGACCACAAAUAUGGUUAGCCGUUUCUUCACAUCAUCUGAAGAAGGACAUCUUCCAUAUGGAGUUGAGACAUUGACAUCUGUUCUAGAUAUGUUCAUUCCACAAAGUUUUGUUUGA